AUGACUAUUUACUCGAAUGGAAAGUCCCAACCGUCUGAAAAAGGCUCUAUCCGCCAUGUGCCGCUCAUCCCAUUCGUGGCCGAUGUGGUUGAGCUUCUACCAGCAGGUGGAAGCGCUUGGGUCAUGUCAGAGUUCAUGCACCAAAUGCGCUCAACUGCUCAUUUACCAGACACGACCUGGCCGCAGACAGCGCGCUCCGAAUCGCUGAUCAGGCUUUCUCAGUGGCAAGUGCUCACAGCCUGUAUCAUCUACGGUUGUUCGGUUGCUUCAUUUCUUCAUCGGCGACGCCUUCGGGAUCCUAACAUGUCCCCCAUCUUUGCAGCCUGCGUAUCAUUCGGCAUGCUGGUAGGAAAAUGUACUGGUGCAGGCUUCGACUAUAUCAUGCUGGUUCAUGUAUCUUGGGCGACAUGUUUGGCUAUGGUUGCAAGCGCUAUAUGCCUGCAUAUUCAGCCACGACUGAAUGAAUAA